CCCGGCCAGGCCCUCCGCGCGCGGCCCCCACUCCCCGGCCCCGCGCUCCCCCACCCCCCCCACGUGGCGCCCAAACUCGGCGCGGGCCCGCUCUGCAAAGUACACAACUCGCGUCCCAGUGGAAUAGAAGAUGAACUCAACUGAAUUCAGUGAAGAUGUAGAAGAAGUUCUAAAAAAUAACACUGUGAAAGUGGAGACAGCGGCCGAAGAUGCUGCCCUGGACUGCUCGGUGAGCUCCAGGUCCUCCGAGAAGCACCCUCUGGACUGCGUCUUCACUGCCCUCCAGGAUUCCAGCAAGCGGAAGCAGCCGGGUGGCGAUGGCCAGCCUGACUCUGUCCCCGGCGUGAAGAGGCGGCGGCUGAUUCCCGAGGCCCUCCUCGCAGGCAUGCGGAACCGUGAGAACAGCUCACCCUGCCAGGGCAACGGGGAGCAGGCCGGCAGGGGCAAGAACUUGGGCUCCGCAUGGCCUGGUGAGGAGGAGCCCUGCGGCGACAUGAGCGCCCCGUCCUACAAGAAGCCCUUGUACGGCAUCUCGCACAAGAUCAUGGAGAAGAAGAACCCUCCCGCUGGCGACUUGCUGGGCACGUACGAGCUCUUUGACAAGGCCAACUCCAGCAACAGCCCCUCGCCCCUGCGGCUCCUGAACGAGCCGCAGAAGCGGGACUGCGCCGGCACCGUGGCGGCCACCACCGACGGGGACCCCAACAUCUACUUUCUGAUCCAGAAGAUGUUCUAUAUGCUCAACACGCUCUCUUCCAACAUGUCCCAGCUGCACAGCAAGGUGGACCUGCUCUCCCUGGAGGUGAGCCGCAUCAAGAAGCAGGUGAGCCCCACUGAGCUGGUGGCCAAGUUCCAGCCGCCCCCCGAGUACCAGCUCACCGCGGCGGAGCUCAAGCAGAUCGUGGACCAGAGCCUGUCGGGCGGCGACCUGGCCUGCCGCUUGCUGGUGCAACUCUUCCCCGAGCUCUUCAGCGACGUGGACUUCUCCCGCGGCUGCAGCGCCUGUGGCUUUGCGGCCAAGCGCAAGCUGGAGUCUCUGCACCUGCAGCUUAUCCGCGACUACGUGGAGGUCUACUACCCGUCCGUGAGGGACACGGCCGUGUGGCAGGCCGAGUGUCUUCCCCAGCUGAACGACUUCUUUAGCCGCUUCUGGGCCCAGCGGGAGAUGGAGGACAGCCAGCCCAGCGGCCAGGUGGCCAGCUUCUUCGAGGCGGAGCAGGUAGAUGCCAGCCACUUCCUGGACAACAAGGACCAGGAGGAGGCCCUGUCCCUGGACCGGAGCAGCACCAUCGCCUCAGACCACGUGGUGGACACGCAGGACCUCACCGAGUUCCUGGACGAAGCCUCGUCCCCUGGCGAGUUCGCCGUCUUCCUCCUGCACCGGCUCUUCCCGGAGCUCUUCGACCACCGGAAGCUGGGCGAGCAGUACAGCUGCUACGGGGACGGCGGCAAGCAGGAGCUGGACCCGCAGCGGCUGCGGAUCAUCCGCAACUACACGGAGAUCUACUUCCCCGACGUGCAGGAGGAGGAGGCCUGGCUGCAGCAGUGCGCCCAGCGCCUCAAUGAUGAGCUCGAGGGCCUGGCGCUGGAUGGGGGCAGCGAGGGCGAGCCAGCGCGCGACGACUGCUACGACUCCUCCAGCCUGCCCGACGACAUCUCCGUGGUCAAGGUGGAAGACAGCUUUGAGGGCGAGCGGCCGGGCCGGCGGUCCAAGAAGAUCUGGCUGGUGCCCAUCGACUUCGACAAGCUGGAGAUCCCGCAGCCCGACUUCGAGGUGCCGGGAGCCGACUGCCUGCUCAGCAAGGAGCAGCUGCGCAGCAUCUAUGAGAGCAGCCUGUCCAUCGGCAACUUUGCCUCGCGCCUGCUGGUGCACCUCUUCCCCGAGCUCUUCACGCACGAGAACCUGCGCAAGCAGUACAACUGCAGCGGCUCCCUGGGCAAGAAGCAGCUGGACCCGUCCCGCAUCAAGCUCAUCCGCCACUACGUGCAGCUGCUCUACCCGCGUGCCAAGAACGACCGCGUCUGGACGCUGGAGUUCGUGGGCAAGCUGGACGAGCGCUGCCGCCGCCGCGACACGGAGCAGCGGCGCUCCUACCAGCAGCAGCGCAAGGUGCACGUGCCGGGCCCCGAGUGCAGGGACCUGACGAGCUACGCCAUCAACCCCGAGCGGUUCCGAGAGGAGUUCGAGGGGCCCCCGCUGCCCCCCGAAAGGAGCAGCAAGGACUUCUGCAAGAUCCCCCUGGACGAGCUGGUGGUCCCCUCACCCGACUUCCCAGUGCCUCCGCCGUACCUGCUGUCGGACAAGGAGGUGCGCGAGAUCGUGCAGCAGAGCCUGUCGGUGGGCAACUUCGCCGCGCGGCUCCUGGUCAGGCUCUUCCCGGAACUCUUCACGGCCGAGAACCUCCGGCUGCAGUACAACCACUCCGGCGCCUGCAACAAGAAGCAGCUGGACCCCACGCGGCUGCGGCUCAUCCGCCACUACGUGGAGGCCGUGUACCCGGUGGAGAAGAUGGAGGAGGUGUGGCACUACGAGUGCAUCCCGAGCAUCGACGAGCGGUGCCGCCGCCCCAACAGGAAGAAAUGCGACAUUCUGAAGAAGGCCAAGAAGGUGGAGAAGUGACGGCUGGGCGCCCCCUGGGACUGCGCGUGCUCUCGGAGCGCGCCAGGGGCGUCCGCAGACGCGCACCUUACGGUGGCGGGGAGGGGCUCGCUCGGUUUGCACACGUGGACACCGCGCAGCCGCAGGAGGGACAGAAGCUUCGCGUGCGUCUCUCCUCC